GCAGUUUGAUAGAAUUCGCUACAGUUCGAUAGUUGCUUAUGAUCACAGUUCUUGGUGUGUACUGCAUUUUUUCUAUAUAUUAUCUUAAUAAUAAAUUGAAUUCCUCGUGAUACACUGGUAAAAAAAAGGUGUGUGCAUAUUUUUAAGUGUUUUCAAAUUAAGUUUGCUGAAAAGUACAAAUUUGUUGUAAAAAGCAUUCGUGAGUACGCUUCGAACUAGUGAAAACUGAAAAUCGGCAACAGCAACGAGUCAACUGUCAUUGUGGCGAUUCAGUUUUCAUUCGUUCGCGUAUGAGGUUUGUGCGAAAUGCACUAUCGCGUCAUUUAUGUACUAAAAUUGAAGAUAACAGGAAGAAGCAUAGACAGCAAAAAGAAUCGCCGUGUUCUCCACCAUUUUCCGCCAUUUUGAAAGCUACGAGUGUAAAAUUUAGUGAUUCGUCAGGAAACGCGUUGCUUAUAAAAAUUGCGAAAAUUUGCUAAAAAACAUACAUAAAGUAAAUAAAAUAAGUGUAAAUUGUUAGUGGAACAGCCAAGAAAGUGUUUGUGAAUAAAAAGUAGUUGUUUAAACAUUGUGUUUGCUCGAUUUGAUCGAGGAAAAUUUUAUGUUCUGUACAAGCGAAAAGGGCUAACCAACGCAGAAAAAAAGCAAGCCUACUACAAGUGAGCGAGUAGCACCACAAAAUCCACGGUCUGCCGCCGCGGCUAUAAACUUAAAAAGGCAAUACUUUAAAAAAUAUGGUUUAUAACUUAUUAUAAAAUUAAAGUUUGUUGACGUGCCUAUCGCAGGAAAUAAAAUUGAAAGUUGUCGCACAGUCUUAGUUCGUUUCGUUCCCAGACCUUGUCAACGUCGCAGAACACAUUUAAGUCGGUCAAUACAUACAUAGUGACCAUUCAACAAAUCGUUCGUGAAUUUUGUCCCUUUAAAAUAGUGAAAACUAUCAAUGAUAAAAUGGAUAACUCAACAUGAAUGAAAUGAAGUUAUUAUGUAUGAAGGACCCACAUUUGUAUUAAAUUGUAAUCGUUGUGCCAGUUGAAAUAUCUGAGAAGUAGUAAACAAAUCUGCGUCCUAUAAUUUUACGCUUUACAUAGCUGAAGGAAGUGCAAGAUAUAAACGAUUGCGCUUACUUGGAAAACCGAAAAAUUGCAAUUCAUCACAUUUCUUUUUUAAGGUCAAAGUUUUAUAUUAUUUAUAAAGGAAGAUUGUAUUUAAAACACGAACAUAUUAACAUAGACUUGGAAAACGAAAACGUAGUUUUAAAUAAAAAAAUACGGUAGUAACACACAAUGGAUAAAAAUAUGAUGUUACCGAAGCGUUCACGCUUAGACGUGAAGGGCACAUUCGCCAAUGGUCCGUUGCAGGCACGUCCAUUGGUUGCGUUGCUUGAUGGACGUGACUGUUCAAUUGAAAUGCCUAUACUGAAAGAUGUGGCCACAGUGGCCUUCUGCGACGCACAAAGUACAUCCGAGAUUCAUGAAAAGGUUCUAAAUGAAGCUGUCGGCGCACUCAUGUGGCAUACUAUAAUCCUUACAAAAGAGGAUUUGGAAAAAUUCAAAGCUUUACGUAUUAUAGUGCGGAUUGGUAGCGGUACGGACAAUAUCGAUGUGAAAGCAGCGGGUGAACUAGGUAUUGCCGUUUGUAAUGUACCGGGUUAUGGUGUUGAGGAAGUAGCAGAUACAACAAUGUGUUUGAUAUUGAAUUUGUAUCGAAGGACCUAUUGGCUGGCGAAUAUGGUGCGCGACGGCAAAAAAUUCACCGGUCCUGAACAAGUUCGGGAAGCAGCGCAUGGUUGCGCAAGGAUUCGGGGAGAUACCUUAGGACUUGUAGGACUUGGUCGUAUUGGCAGCGCUGUCGCUUUGCGAGCAAAAGCAUUUGGCUUUAAUGUUAUAUUUUACGACCCCUACCUUCCGGAUGGUAUCGACAAAUCGCUUGGCUUAACUCGUGUCUACACCCUACAAGAUUUGCUGUUUCAAUCGGAUUGUGUGUCGUUGCAUUGUACACUCAACGAACAUAACCACCAUUUAAUUAACGAAUUCACAAUUAAACAGAUGCGACCUGGUGCAUUUUUGGUAAACACAGCACGAGGCGGACUGGUCGAUGACGAGACUUUGGCUCUGGCUCUGAAACAAGGCAGAAUAAGAGCUGCAGCUUUAGAUGUGCACGAAAACGAGCCCUACAAUGUAUUCCAAGGAGCCCUUAAAGAUGCUCCAAAUCUUAUAUGUACACCACAUGCAGCCUUCUUCAGCGAUGCAUCCGCAACCGAGUUGCGAGAAAUGGCAGCAACGGAGAUACGACGGGCAAUAGUCGGCAAUAUUCCAGACGUCUUAAGGAAUUGUGUUAAUAAGGAAUAUUUCUUGCGAACACCAGCUGUGGCUGCUGCUGCUGCAGCUGCGGCAGUGUAUUCAGAAGGAUUAAAUGGCGGAUAUUAUGCAACGAGCGGACUGCAACAGGCCCACAGUACCACACAUGACGUAGCGCACAGUGCAGCUGGCAGUGCACUUAUCGUUCCACCGCCGCCGUCGGUAGUGAAUCCGUCGCCAGUUCCUACGGUGCCGUCGGUGCAUAUACCACCGCAGCCCCUGAAUGCACCAGACCCUAAUAACCAUCUUUCGUCUGCUUCUAACAAACCAGAGCCAUCAGAGGUCCAAUAGUUCAAAUGCGCCAAGAAUUGUGAGUGGACUCAGUAAGCUAAUAUAAAUAAAAAUAACACCUACAACAAGCAAGCGCAAAUUGACCUGAAAAUAAUUUAAACGCAACUUCAUUCAAUGCAAAUGCAAACCAUUAAUUGCCACAACAAAUUUUCAAACAGAAAUAUUUUAUGAACACCGGCCAGCAGAAAGCAGUCUAGACGUGAUGUAAAAUUUUAAACCAAGAAGCAAAUAUUUUAAGAUUGAUUAUGGCAUAAUUAUACAUAGGUAACAAAGCGUUCUGGCCGAUGAUAUGCCGUUAUUACGUAACGCGAACGCUUUGACCCAAACUUAGCACUUAGUACGCAGAUACAGGCAGCUUAUUGAAAUAAUUACAUAAUUUAAAUGAAAAGAUGCGGAAAACAGCAAAAAAAAAAGAAACGCUGACAAUUUUAACUUAAUCCGUCACAACAUUUGGUUAAAAUUUUAAAGCUUAAAAAUGUAUUCGCGUCUGUAAGUGAAAAAACAAAAUAUAUGAGUAUAUUUCUUUGUAGGAAUAUACUACACUUUAAACACGCUUAUUCGCUCUACAAUACUUAAAAACAUGUUCAAACAAAUACAAAUUAAUUGAAUAAUUCAGAGUGAAGUACAACUAAAUAUAAACACGAUGUAUAAGUAUCAAGCUCAUUAUAAAUGUUUAGUUAAUCAAAAAAGUUUUCUUACAUAAUAAUACUCCUUUAGAUUUGCAAUUAAGUUAAGUUACUUAUCAAAUUCAGUUAAAUAGUUUUAUCUACAUUGAUUUAAAAAGUAUAUGUACAAUGUGCGAGAGCAGAUUGCAUUACCAACGAGUAGAUGUUACAAAAUAGGUUUCUAUAGGCUUCAAAUAACACGCUAAAAAUAUUUAAAUAAAUAAAAAUUCUGAUUUCUUUCCGAGUGGUGCUUAAACGUUUGCUAAGAAAUGCGGACGGCAGUUGGUUACACUGCAGUGACGCUCUACAAAUGCGCAUUGCACAUAUUCCUUUAAAUAUUCAAAUAAUAACUAAUCGUUAACAGCAUUGCUCCUCAUCGGAGUGUGCACAAUAACAAUACAACGAAUUUUUUGUACUUUUUAUCAUAAUUUUGGCUAUAUAAGUAUAUGUAUCCCACCUAAUUGGCCUCAAAUGGAAAUAAAUGAUUAGUGUCUAUGACGUGAAUAAAUAUAUCAUUUGCAAAAAGAGUAGUUCUUCUAAGUUGAUUUUUUAUUAAUAUAUUAGCUGUUUUAAAACCCCCUUAUCUUUUAACAUUUUUGUAGCUUUUAGGGUGUUCCAAAAGCUCACUGUUUUAGCGUCACCAAGCUGUAUUUCCUUAUAUAACCAUUCUUAACUCACAUUUAAGCUAUAAUUUCUAUUAGAAAAGACAAAUACAACAAUUAAACCUACUGCCGUCUGGUUAAUGCAACUUAACGCUUUCUGUGCGCUCACUCAAUUGUUAAUUUGUCCACACAAUUCGUAACGACACUUUUUUCAACAUAUAAAUUGCAAUAAAAUAUUUGAAAAUAGCUUAAAACACAUAAAAUUAAUGAAAAAAAAGUAUAUUUAAUUGUCGUAUGCGUUAUUAUCAACUAUUGGCACCGUUUCCUUAUGAUUUGCAUUAUCAUAUGUGUAUUUAUGGCAAUAAUGGCAAACUUCCAUUAUAUCCUUAAUUUUGUUUUUUUCAUUUAUUCCGUUGAAUUUAUAAUUUUGAACUAUCUAUCGUCUUGCAAUACGAGAUUCACAAAGCAAUACACGGAUAGUUCGAUUCUGGUAUUGUAUCUAUAAAUAUGUAGAUUUAAUUUUAAGUACUCAUACAGCAUAUGAACAGGCAAGUCAAACACAAUACAUACAACACUGGAACAUACACGCAUACAUAUAGACAUCAUUGUUUAAUUUGAUUUACAAAUAUAAAAUGAAUUAUUGUACGAGCGUAAGUCACCUUAAUACUAUAAUACCUACUAUAAAAAUAA